AGGCUGACGGUGCCCACCCCCCAGCCCCCCAGACAGGGCCAGUGCCCACCCCUUGGGUCUCUCUGGAAGUCCUGCCCAGCAUCAAUUGGCUCCACUUUCCAGGAGGAUGGGAAGCCCUGUGGCCCCUGGGACUCAUACCCCUCUGCGUCUCCCAGAGUGCAGGACCUGGCCUUCAGGAGACACCAAGAACUGGCUCCCCCGGCUCUGCUGCCCCCACCCCCUACUACCAGUUUCUCUCCCAUUCCUGCCCAGCCCAGGCCCCUUGAGGUUACUCUCCUCUCUCUGUACACCAGUGCAACCUCAGAACCUGCUUCUCUCCUGGGAACACCCACCACCACGUGGGAGAAGGGGUCCUCUAGGGGUUGGGCCCCAGAUACACUUGUAAGCAGGAACACACGAGCCCUUACAUGUGGGUGUCGGGGAAGAAGGGGGUUUUCCACCCCCCCGCUUUAGUCACCCUGCCCCUCUGCAGCUGCCUGAGCCACCAAGAUCCAGCCAAGUUCUCCUGCCUUCUGGCCUGAGGGCCAGCUCCCCAUCCUGAAAAACCUGUCUGGGGGCCUCCCCUGAGGCUGUAGGGCCCAAGGGGCAGGUUGAACAGGAUUCCCCUCUGGCCCCUCCUACCCCCAGGACAAAACCAGAGCCCCAGGACAGGGCCUUACUUGCCUCAGGAAACCACAGCUUGCCAGCACCCAGCCCAGCACCAGCCCAGCUAUGGCAUCCCCAUUGCCUGUCCGGACCUUGCCCUUGAUCCUGAUUCUGCUGGCUGUCCUGGCUCCUGGGGCUUCAGCCAACUUCAACAUCUCAAGCCUCUCUGGUCUGCUGUCCCCUGCGUUAACUGAGAGCCUGCUAGUUGCCUUGCCCCCCUGUCACCUCACAGGGGGUAACGCCACACUGAUGGUCCGGAGAGCCAAUGACAGCAAAGUGGUGAAAUCUAGCUUCAUGGUGCCUCCAUGCCGUGGACGCAGGGAGCUGGUGAGUGUGGUGGACAGUGGGUCUGGCUUCACAGUCACCCGGCUCAGUGCAUACCAGGUGACCAACCUUGUGCCAGGAACCAAAUACUACAUCUCCUACCUAGUGACAAAGGGGGCAUCCACGGAGUCCAGUAGAGAGAUCCCAAUGUCCACGCUUCCUCGAAGGAAGGUGGAAGCCAUUGGGCUGGGGAUGGCCCGGACAGGGGGCAUGGUGGUCAUCACAGUGCUGCUCUCUGUCGCCAUGUUCCUGCUGUUGGUGGGCUUCAUCACUGCCCUGGCACUGGGUGCCCGAAAGUGAGGAGGCGGCAGGCAGCAGGCAUCUCCAAGAAGUCCAAGGCACCGUCCUUUCCCCCAGCCCGGGACUCUACUCCCAGGCCACAGUCACCAGGCUUUGGGCCUCCCCUCCCUGCCCCCCUCCCCUGCAGCCCUUUCCUCCCUCUGUCCCUCUGCUUGUUCCCUAAGGCCUCAACUUGGCCUAACACUCCCCGUUAUUCCCCUCGCCCCACCCCCUGGAAAUUGGUUUCCUUCCAUUUCAGCUCUUUAACCAACCCCUCCGGGAACAAGAAUUCUCCCCUCCCUCAGUGAACUCAAUCCCUCCAAUAAAGUCUGAUGCUGUGUUGCUA